UACGAAAAAGGUACCGUACGGUACCUUUUUGGCUGCUACUGCCAUCCCACUUUGUGGUGGGACCAUGCAUGGUUUUGGUUCCACACCAUUCCUAUAACCAAGAAGUGACUGGUAAGGGCUACUCGACGAGACAACAUCAGCAGGUGGAGCCAAAGGAAACCUUGAAGGUUCGUGCUUUGCAAGAAUGUUGUCAUCGGUUGUCUCUCGACUGUGUGCCAUUGCUCUGGCAGCGACGGCAGUGCACUAUGCUGUCAUAUCCAUACCAUCCAAGUUUCUAAGUCGAGCCGAUAAAGCGAUGUUUAAUGCCUUGCGUCGACGAGGGGUUUUAGAAUCAUCGUCACUCCCUGGCAACGGGCGAGGGGCUGUUGGACAAGAACAUCGAGCUCUCGAUGAUGUCAUGACUGUCCCACCGGCAUGCAACUGCACAUGUGCAUUGUCAUCAUCUGUAGAUGCGGAUGAACGACCAUAUGAAGGUGUGGCCAUGAUCUCUCUGGACCGAGCUUUGGUUGAAGUGUUGGGCCAAGAUGCUUCUAUUUGUGUGUCAGCUCAUCAAAGCUUGGGAAUGAUCAUGACCACCACUGCCAUGUGUGAUGAGACAUGUGAAGCAAAUACCUCCAAUGUACCCGGGGAAGGUGACGACAACGCCAGUGAAUACGACCAAGGAGCCGUUAGUGACGACGAGGAUGAUGACGAAAUUGAUUCAGGCGAUCAAGACAAUGACGACGAGACCUCGGAUGAUGAUGAUGAUGAUGAUGAUGACAAAGAGGAGAACCAUUAG